AUGGAAGGGUUAACUCCAAGUUCAUGCACUAGGGCUGAAAUAUUAGAGAAGAAAACAAAAACAGAAGAAGCAUUGAAUUGUCCAAGGUGCAAAUCAACAAACACAAAGUUCUGUUAUUACAACAACUAUAGUCUCACACAACCAAGAUACUUGUGCAAAACUUGCAAAAGGUAUUGGACACAAGGCGGUUCACUAAGAAACAUCCCUGUUGGAGGUAGUUCUAGGAAGAACAACAAGCUCAUGACAUCAUCAGAUAUAUCUUCAUAUAACAUGAUUAAAAGCCAUGAUCUUAGUUUAGCUUCUAAUUCUGUUCCUAAUUCCUUGAUGAUGAUGGUGUCAAGUUCAAGCUCAAAUGGUCAAUAUCAUCCAUGGUUCUCCAUGCAGGAAAUGAAACCAAAUCUUGGAUUUUCAGUUGGAGAGAUGAGGCAACUUUGUAAUACAAAUGAUCAUGUUGAUCAAGUGGAACAUAAUGAAGAACAAGAAAAUUCAACAAGGUAUAAUUGGAAUGGAGUCAUAGGUGAAGGGUCAUCAUGGUAA